AUGUCACCCAAACCAGGUGCCACCAGAGAUCAAGGGAAACAAAAUAAACAAAACACGCUUAUCAAAUUUGGGAUCUAUCUCAGAAUGCGAUCUCUGAUACCUGAACCACGUCCUGAAGAUACCUAUGUAUUCGAUAUCAUUCGAAUACCUCCAAAAGAAGAAAGAGUCCAAGAAAAGACAUACAAUGACGACCAUGACAUAUGUCCAACAAUAGCGUUGAGUGAAUCUGGCGCUUCGAAUUCGCUUCAA